GGAUACUCUAAUAAAUGCAUCCACCUGGGCAGUGUUAUGCAUACUUGCUAUGCUUUCAACGACAGCUAAGCUAUUACGCACAAUGCGUGACCAGCCGGGAGUUCUGGACCGGCAUUUACUGCUACACGAUGGCUCAUGAUUUCUCAUCGUGGGUGCGUCGAAAUGAUGGCUGGUAAGCUGGCUGGCCGCUGCACCGCUGGCCAUCGCGUUUUCGCAGACUACCUAGGUACUCCAGUAUGGCGCAAAACAUGCUGGACCGAAACUCUCCAUGCACGUCCAGCUAAGACGUGGGCACGCAGACACGAUCUACCUCUAACGGUAUAUUGGCGGAGGGGCACACAGGGAAAGCAGAAAAGAAGACUUGAGCGAGCCAUGGGAAACGGCAUGACUGGCGUGUGGGAAAGGGGACCGAUUGCUUGCCCCUCACCCUCCGUUCUUCACGCCCACGACACCAGCGCGAAUUUGGUGAUUGUUAUGCUUUCCUCCUUGCGCUUCGCUCUGAAGCAGCAAGCGUCGCAUCAUGUACUCUGCAUCACACGUGCAUCCCAUCCGCGACCAAGAGGUUGUCAAGUGGAGAGGGCAGAGUGGAGUUUCGUGGGGCCAUCUGCCAGUAUCCCAUCCAAUAUGUCGUGGAAGAAAUGCUUCACCACUGCAAGUAGUCCACUCGACAAGGAAACAGCCACACACCUAGGUAGUCUUGAGAAACAUUGAUAAGUGUGAUGGGCCUGUAGCGCUGGACAAUGGAACAAUCGGUGGGAUUGGACAAGACGUGUAUGCACGCGCCCCCAGCGUCAAUCCAUCAUUCAUCACCACCUGCACCACCUGAACCUGGUGGGAGGAGUGUGCGAGCGCAU